AUGCUGGCCCUUCGAUUUGGAGCCCGCCGCGUCUUGGCCGUGGCGGCGUUGGGAUGGUCUGUUCUGACCAUCUGGACACCCACGGCAGCAGAAGAGGGCGAGACGGUCAUUUACGGCGUCCGCGUCAUCUUGGGCGUCUUUGAGGGCAUGUGUUUUCCAUGUGUCUAUGACAUUCUCAGUGCCUCCCAUCCCGAGCUGCGCUCGCGCAACAUCAGCCUACAAACCACGGCCACCUUCUUCGUGGCCGGCGAGGAUUGGCGCUUGCAGGCCCGGAUCGCCUGGCGCUUGUUUUUGCAUCCAAACUGCCGUGCCAUCUUUGUUGGGCACUUUGCCCACGCCUUUUGUCAUUUUUUGGCUUUGUCCUGGCUUCCCACCUACUACGACGAGCUCGACGCCGGGGUGUCGGCCGGCCCGACGGGGCAUCGUUCCCAUGCCUCGCAGCUCAUGGCACCUUACAUCAUCAUGAUGAGCACGAGCAUGGGAGGGGCCUUUGUCGCUGAUCACUUCGUCCGAGCCGGCGUGGACAAGUCACGGGUUCGACGCCUCUGUGAGGCCAUUAGCUAUGGCUUGGCAGCCGGGGCCAUGCUGCUGGUACUGCUUCUACCCCAGGGCGGUUUGACCACGGCCCUGCUCUCCUUUUCCAUUGGCAUGUCCGGCCUCUCAACCAACGGUCACGAGGCAGCCAAGUUGGACGUGGCGCCCACCGAGUUUGUGGGACUAUUGCAGGGCAUCAGUAACAGUCUUGCGGCGCUCUCUGGGGUUGUGGGCGUGCCGGUGGCGGCCUACAUCAAUGCAGCCUUUGGGACGUGGCAGGCCGUUUUCGCCUUGGUCGCCAUGGUGUACGCCACGGGGGGUUUGGCGUAUUGGUUUCUCGGGACAUCAGACCCGAUUCCACGCGGUCAACUUCUUGAUGCAACGACAACGGUGACUCGGCGCCUCGACUUUGGUCGCGCCCCCGCCAAGUGA